AUAGGUAGUAGACUUGUUCUGUUUAAGAAUGGACCAAUAUAUUUUAAUAAUAACGAAGCAAGCUACAUCUAUUAACUUCGAACUUGGAGACUGCCACACAUUAAGUGAUAUCUACACAACACACAGUGGUAUAUACUCCAGUCUUGUACAAAGAACACAGAGGUAUUAUAUCAAAUGGAUUGAGAUUUCUGAUUGUGAAAAUGGUGAGAAACGUGAAAACUGGGUCAAAUACAUUGGGGCAAAUGUUGAAGACUAUAAAAUAAAAACCACACUUUCUGGUGCAAUGGAAAAUUUGUUUUCUUUGGCUGAAAGUUUACCCAUUCCUGGCUCCUAUGUUCUUGAUGUUUACUGGAUACCAAACUGCGAAAUUUUCGAAGAUAUGAAAAAAUUAGCUCCACUUCUUGGCGUGCUUAAAAAACUAAGAGAAUGGCAUCUUGGUAAUAUUAAUUUUAUUUACAACUCUGAUCAGUCUUUAAAAAAUAUGGAGGCUGCUUCUCGUUUUAUUGCCGGAAAUUUAAUACAGGUAGACCAAGAACAGGAUUUUGUGGUAAAAUCUAAUAGAAAUGUUGUAUGGAGGGGUUCAAUGGAUAUAACGUUGCCAGAUGAGAGUGUUAGAUCUAUUGUGAGUGGUUUCACACUCAUGUUGCCUCAUAAUGAAGAGAGAAGUUUAAUUGAUAGAGUAUAUAGUAAAGAUGGUGAUGAUAAACACUUUCUAUGGUUUGGUAACGUAAUGAAAGCAUUAGAGUUCAUAGACAUUGAUUCAGUGCCUUUAAUUUUGUGGAGUGGGCAUGAACUUCUGCUUGGUUAUAGCAAGCAGGAUGAUGCAACAUGUGCCCUGCAGGAAGCUUUUAUGAGUAAUACACGCAUUGCACUACUGUGCAGGUUAGACUACAUAACAUCUGAUAAAAAUUUCACACAGUCAAGUGAGUUCGGGACAAAGCAAUGGAAAGAUGUUGUUAGGAAAUCUCCAGAUGAUUUGGCGCCCCCUGUUAUAAAGCUGUACGAAAAAAUGAAACCAUUAUUCCUUCUUAUAACAUCGUGCACACAUUCUUGCACAAAAUACCCAAAUACUUUAGUGUUGUUCAGUGCAUUCAUAUUAAACAACUUGCACGAUUUAAAUGCAGGAUUUUUACUUGACCAUGAAUUGUCUGGUGUACAUGACAGUUCUGCAGAAACUGGUGUGAAUGUUACCAACAUACCAAGUAUUAAUGCACCUCAGUUGUUUGGUAGGGAUCCCUUAUUUGCAAGGUGUUUUCGCAAAGCUUUGGACCACUGGAAUCAAUUAAAAAAAGAUAAAAUUUCACCGAAAGAACUGCAGAAAUUUGUAUCAGAGUUUUGGGCUUGGUUUGAAGAUUUUAACAAUCUAAAGACGGAGAAUUCUGUCAAAGCAAAAACUGUGUCACUGGUUAAGAAAGAAACUAUCUCUUUAGAAUUAUCUGCGAUUUUGAAUCAAGAGAAACAGGCAUAUGCUGUUCAAUCAAAACAAGAUAAAGGUUUAGAUUCGUUACGUUCAAGUAACCCAAUUCCUGAUGCUGCAUCGAAGUUUAAAUCGAUUGAAACGAAUGAAAUUUUGAAAUAUUUUGAUAAAAAUGCUCGUAAUAAAGUAGUAGCAAACCUAAGGUCCAUGAAUAAAGGGAACAGCAACACACCGAGUAUUUCAAACCUGGAAAAAUAUACGUCUGCUAUCGGUACUUCAUAUCAUGGUGUUAGUUUUAAUAUCGAUGCACAAGCGUCAGAAAAACACGACCGAAUGUGUCGUCGGACGGUUGAAAAAUUUGUAAAGUACGAGACAAUGUCAGUGGCUUCAAAACACCAAGUUCCAUCGCCGGUAACUAUGAAUAUAAAUGAUUCUCCUCAUAAACCAAAGCGUCCAGUACACACGCCAAGGAAGAAAAAAAGAUUACAAAUUAUGGCCGAGAAAUUGUACAAGAAGCGUGUGGGUCAAGCUAACUUACCUGCACAUUCAAUGAUGGUCCUUAGAUCAACUCCAAAGAAACGCAACCCCAAUAACUCAAAGGUGUUACUUGCUUCACCCAGAGUUCAUAAAAUGUCGCUAAGGUCUUCAACUCCAGUAAAAAAGGAGAGUGUUUCAAAACUCACAGCCCAAAAUGAAUCAAAACAGACUGAAACGAAGCCAGUUGGUGCUAAAGUUCAGAAAAGAGAUUCCCAAAAACUUUACGUUCAGGAUAAUAAGAAAAGGUUAUGGAAUCUGGUUGUACAAGUUCUAAAUGACAAUGGUGUAUCUCAGAAACACCCCAAGUUUAAAGCUUGCAGCACGAAAUUGUAUAAUGUUAGCAUGGCUUUUCUAAAGGAUUUAAAAACUUCAAAAGGAUUGGCAAAAAUGAUGCAAAAAACUGUUGAAGAAAAUGCAAAACUAGUUUUGUCUUUUGAAAUCUCUUAAAUAUUCUCACAAAUUUAUUCUUUAAAAGUUCUUUAUAUAUUUAUAUACACAUUCAAUCAUAAAAGUUUGAUGAAACUACAUUUUUAAAUGCUGGUCGUUACUUUCCAGUUGUUAUUUGACUGUAAAAACUGCAUUAUAUUUUUACCUCUUAUUUAUGCUAAAGGUUCCUAAAAUUAUAAUUGGUGGAAAACGUUUAAAAAAUACGUGUAUAUUUAAUCUUUAAGACAAUGUGUUAGUCUGCAUAUGAUUAGUUCAGAAUUAUUGCAUUUACAAAAUCAGGUGUACUCUGACUGUUUUAUAAAAAAAAUUCUUAGUGCAUU